AUAUUGAAUGAAAUACAAUAUUAUUGAGUGUUUGGUUUGUAUUACAAAACCAUUGAUUGUUUGAAUACUUUUUGUGUAAUAAUCGGUACAUUUAGUGACCAUUUUUGUUGUUUGUGACCAUUUGUUUGAAUACUAGUUGACCACCGAUGAUGACGACAAUGGAGAAGAGUGACGACGACUGCUAUUUCUAUUAUUACUCGACGUGUACUAAAGGCGAUGACUGUCCAUAUCGUCACUGUGAGGCCGCACUCGGAUCAGAGAUAACAUGUACUCAUUGGCAAAACGGGAAAUGCAUGCGUGCGGCCACUUGUAUGUACCGACACAUGGAGUCCCGUAUUAAUCGGUCAUCUAUUGCCUGCUAUUGGGAGACACAGCCGUCCGGCUGUCGGAAACCACACUGUGUUUUCAUGCAUAAGAAGCCUCGUUUGGUGACAAUGGACGACGAGACCAAAACUGAUGGUAUUAUCAGACCGAUCACUAACAGCACAACUACGGGUUUAGCGGACAACACGAAUACCAGUGAUAAUAACGGCGCUAAUAAUACACAAAACAAUGGUCUCCUUCAAAGUAGCGCUAAAAGUGGACUAAAACUGUUUGACGACACCGACUAUGUAUCACAAUCGGUGUCCACAAUGAAUGACGCGAUAGUUAAUCACAACAUACAACCCAUUAACAUAUCACUUAAUGAUGACAAUGAAGAGUCAGAUAAUGACAGCGAAAAACUCGAAGAUAAUACUAACGACACGCUAUUAACUGGUCGUCAAUUGAGAACAGCAAACAUGAAAAGUAAUGACAUUAACGCCAACUUCGGUGUGAAGACAUUGGAACAAAUCAGAAUGGAAAAGGUCUUCAAUAGUGAGGCCGACGAUAACGAUCAACAAUUUAACGACUUCUCCGACUUUUCAAUGAUAUUGGAGACGCAAAACAAACAACAGAAGACCAUCACUACUACAACAAACAAUACGACUAAAGAUUUAAGAGUAAAACUCAAAAGAUAUAAUCAAAGCGCUAGUCUUGUUAAGACAUUGCCGACUAUUACGGGUAUAGUGAACGCAACCAAUACUCCAACGAAUGAAUCGCAAACUUUUGCUGUUAAGACAUUGGAUCAGAUUCGUCGCGAAAGACAAGACAAAAGUUUAAAAGCUAAUACCGAUGAAUCAAAUGAAGACAAGUCAAUAGAGAAUGGACUCAAAGAAAAUAAAGAACCGAAAGGCGAGAAACGAUCGGCCGAUUCGUCAAAUCCACCGAUCGUUAAGAUUAGACGCUCUUCUGUAGGCAUCACUUCACUCGUAGCGCAACAAAACACAAACAAUGAAACUCAAGAAAAAUGUGAAGAUAUUAUAGUUAAAGAUCUUCAUUGCAGUCCAACUCCUACUUUACCACCUAUUGAAACAACAGUUGUCACACAAACCGAUACUUCAGAAAGACAACGAAUAAAAUCAUUUAACACAGAUUUAGACGAAGAGUUUGAUUUCAGUCUCGACGGACAAUCAUCCAAUCAUAUGAGUGAUGCCAUUGAUUGUGACGACGAUGACGACGAACUAAUGCGCGAAAUAAAUCAAGUAAUCAAUAGUUGAAAUUAAACACCGAUUUCUUAGUUUUGUUUUUCUGUUCAACAAAAGUUUGAAUGUUAUGUUAUAUCAAUUAAUGACAUAAAAUUAUAACUGACAUAAAAUUUUGAUAAAUUAUUGAUAUAUUGAUACUUAUU